UGUGAUUCUUCGUCACCACUUUGCUCUUUGUUCCCCCAUUCUCUCUCUCACUCUUCCCUCCCACCCUUCUCUCUCUCUCACUCUCUCUCACUCUUCCCUUCUCUUGUUCCUUUCUCACACACACACUCUCUCUUCCCACAGUCACCAAGUUCCCCCCUCCCCUUUGCCUCCUUCAUUCUGCCACGCAUACAUCCAACGAUGCUCCUGCGAGCGCCAUUGCCCGUCCUUCUGCUUCUCCUGCUCGCCUGCCUGUCGCCACUGUCACACACUGCUACCGCUAUUGAGAAUUGCCAGACGCCCAAUACCGCUGACACAACGCUCUGCGACCAAUGCGAUCCAGACUACGUUCAGUCCAAUAGUCACCAUCAGUGCUGCCCCAAAGACUCGCCCUACUAUUCCAAAACCGAGACCAAGACCAAGACCGAGACCGAGCCCGGCUUCAAAUGUGUCGCUGUGAAAGAUUGCCCCGAUUAUGGCGAUCCGUCAACGAACACCUGCGUGGACGACUGCCCCGCGCAAACGUUUGUCGACGACGAACGAAACGAAUGUGUCCCAGCCAGCGAAUGUCCACCUGCGCAACCAUUUGGCAGUACUGCGAAGAAGUUCUGCGUGGCUGUAAAUGAAUGCCCCAAGAGAACGCAGUUCGGUGACUCCGAAACGCACCUGUGCACCGCACAGUGCUCCUCUGGCAGCUUUGGCGAUCCGACAAACCUGUGUGUCAAACCAGACAAGUGCCCAGAGGCUGCGCCUUUUGGUGACCUAUCGACGCAACUCUGCGUGACUGUCGUUCACUGUUCCUCGACCACCAAGUUUGGUGACUCCGAGACGCACCUGUGUGCUGAAAAGUGCUCCUCGGGUACUUUUGGCGAUCCGACAAAUGUUUGUGUCAAACCAGACAAGUGCCCAGAUGAUGCUCCGUUUGGUGACCCAACGACGCAACUCUGCGUGACUGUCGUUCACUGUUCCUCGACCACCAAGUUUGGUGACUCCGAGACGCACCUGUGUGCUGAAAAGUGCUCCUCGGGUACUUUUGGCGAUCCGACAAAUGUUUGUGUCAAACCAGACAAGUGCCCAGAUGAUGCUCCGUUUGGUGACCCAACGACGCAACUCUGCGUGGCUGCCGUUGGCUGUUCCACUACGACACCAUUCGGCGACCCAACGACACAUCUCUGCGUCGCCGCCAAGGAGUGUUCAGAUGCCAACAAGUACGGUGACUCCGAGACGCACCUGUGCGCUGAAAAGUGCUCCUCUGGCAGCUUUGGCGAUUUGACACACCUUUGUGUCAAACCAGACAAGUGCCCAGAGGCUGCGCCAUUUGGUGACCUAUCGACGCAACUCUGCGUGGCUGCCGUUAACUGUUCUACUGCGACACCAUUUGGCGACUCAUUGACACAUCUCUGCGUGGCUGCCGUUAACUGCUCCUCAACCACUGAGUUUGGUGACUCCGAGACGCAGCUUUGCGUGGCUGCCGUUGACUGUUCCACUACGACACCAUUCGGCGACUCUUCGACACAUCUCUGCGUCGCCGCCAAGGAGUGUUCAGAUGCCAACAAGUACGGUGACUCCGAGACGCGCCUGUGCACUGCAAAGUGCUCCUCUGGCAGCUUUGGCGAUACGACAAACCUGUGUGUUCAACCAGACAAGUGCCCAAAAAAUGCUCCGUUUGGCGACCCAUUGACGCAUCUCUGCGUCGCCGCCAAGAAGUGUUCAGAUGACAACAAGUUCGGUGACUCCAAGACGCACAUGUGUACUGCAAAGUGCUCGGGUGCAUUUGGCGAUUUGACAAACCUUGCUUGUGUCGAACCAGACAAGUGCCCAAAAGAUGCUCCGUUUGGCGACCCAUCGACUCAACUUUGUGUGCCUGAAUGUCCCUCGACAAGUGGCGACUCUUCUACUCAUCUGUGUGUCGUGCUGAGGAGCACCCGUUCGCGUCAGCUGCGAACGCUAAAGCCGGAAAAUGCACCAAGCUUGGUAAUUUGCACGAGAGACUGCUCGAUGGGCUGUCACACAUGCACCAGCGCCAAGACUUGUACGAAGUGCUCGACAAAAUCAACGCUGGUGGACGACAGGUGCAUUUUCGAGCCAACUUUGAAGAACAUUACCUGCAGUGUCGGCGACACUAAAGACAUUAUCUUUGCAAAGGGGGACAUUCAAGAUUUCUUCGUCACCUUUGAUUUCGAAACACUCAAAGUUGCAGACGACUACAAGAUUGCUUGCGGUGAUCAUGUCAAAACGCACCUCGGCACUGCUCACAUUUUCGAAAAGUCGAGUUCAUUCCUGAUCGACAUCCAGCCUCUGCUAGUGACUGUUGUUGCCAAGCCAGCAGUCUCCACCACACCUGCCGCCAGACCCUCGCACGCUGUUGUGUCCACACCAGCGUCCAAUCCACCGGACAACUCUGAUCCGACCUCGCAGGACGAAGGCAAGUUGUCUCCUUUUGACAGAAAAUGGGAUGCUGUUGUUCCGUGA